AUGGUUUCCACACGACAUCAUCCCCGCGACUUCCCUCCGCCCGGAGCUACCAAAGCGUCUACCCCUUCCACGCCUGCUCCCAGCACAAAUGGACCCUCCAAGAAGUGGAAUCAUACUCCCGCAACUCAUAUCAUCCUAUGGCUUGUUGUCUCGCUCCCACUCGUCAUCUGGGAUGCGGGCUACGUGUUGUUGCGGCCGCAUUCCAUGCCCGGUGGUAAAUGGCACUCCCCCAUCUGGUCUCCUUAUGCGCUGUACGGAACGGUCGACUACAUUUACGGCUGGCCGGCAUAUAAUGAUCGCAAUGGCUUUACCGCUGCCCAGGCGGUGCUGAAUCUCCUGGAGACCGCCAGCUAUCUAUACUACCUCUGGGUGGUGUACGUACAUGGGACCUCGGCAACCGGUUCCGGUCGCGGAUCCCGCACCACUCAAAAGGGGCUCAUGUGGAUGUUGACUGGAGACAAAGUCGUUGCAGGGCGAAUUGGCGCUGUUGCACUGCUUGUGGCGUUUAGUGCUUCGGUGAUGACCUUGUCGAAGACGGCCCUUUACUGGCUCAAUGAAGCUUUCUCCGACUUCGCCAAUAUUGGACACAACGAUGCAACGACUCUGACUUUCCUGUGGAUCAUUCCUAAUGCACUCUGGCUUAUUUUUCCUGGUUACAAUCUCCACAUCUUGGGGGAGGAAAUUGUAUCUUCUCUGAGUGAUGCCGGAGCACGCCAGCGUGGCAGACCCAGGCUGUCCUAG